UGUCCCCGCACCGCAUCAUUAUCAUUGCCAGCCAGUCAGCCAGCCAUAUCGACGAUCCCGCUUCUACUCCCCUACACCACCGGUUUUGAUCUGCUGCGAGGGUCGUAGUGUCACAGAAUCGAGUUGUCAAGAAUGAACACCCCGCAACUUUCGCAAGAGCAGCUUGCUGCAGCGAUUUCAUCGGCCGCUACACCGUCCAAGCUCUUCGACAUACUCUCCCCAUACGAGGAAGAAGCAUAUCUCCUCUCCUUUCAAGAUAACAGACAGGCAGAGCUUCUGAGCCAAUUCUAUGCCGCUUACUUCUUGUCUCAUCUACUGACAGAUCAAAUUUACGAAGCCCGCUUUCUGACGAAGCGAAUGCCACAAGACCUUUUACAGACAGACGACUCCCUGCAAAACUGCGUGGCAUUACUGCGGGCAAUUUGGCAGCACAAACAUGAGUCCGUCUACACGAUAUUGAGAGAGUUGCCAUGGCCUGAUACACUGAAGCCGAUAGUACAGAGUUAUGACACAUAUUUCCAGGAAAAGACGUUGCGAGAAGUAAGCAGGGCAUAUGAAACAAUCAGACCUGCAACAGCUGCAAGCUACCUCGGUCUCGACCCCGCGGCCACAGAGCGAGGAGACCCAGCCACGAUAGGAAAGCUCAUGGCUCAUGGAUGGACCCAGGACGAACAAACCAGACUACUACACCCCAACACUGUCGUUGAUGACUCUCAGCAAGAUGAGCAGCUGUACAACGAUCUAAGUGAAAUAAUGGCCUUGAUUGGCAGUCGUCGUGGUUGAAACCCUG